AUGUCGCAAAAUACCGAAGCUACGAAGCGGGCUCAGCGCGCAUUGGAAGAACAUGGCCCCCUGGAAGAGGUUGAGCCUAACAUUGUCGGCAUCGAUGGGCAUCGCUUUCGUAUCAACUAUGGAGUGCCCCAAGAGGUUACAAACAGACUGAAUGCUCUCUGUGAUCAAGACGAAGUCAAGUACGAGGAUAUACCUGAUGACCUGAAGGCAUAUGAGGUGAAGGAAGAGUCGAAAGACGGCAAUGAAGAGAAUUCUGGCAAGUAG